AUGAAGGUGGCAACUCAACUUGCAAGCCUCUUCACUUGGUUGCAUGAGAAGAGAUUUGCAAUUGGUCGUAUGGAGCCUUCUGCCAUAAUGAUUGACAAGGAGUUCAACAUAAAAGUAGUGGACUUUUCUUCCCUGAUUCGUGUAAGAGACAUCCCUCAUAAUACUUCUCGUGAGGCUGAUAAUGUUACUGAGACUUUGAAAGGUGAUGUUUACGCAUUUGGUAUUCAACUUUUGAAGUUGAUUACCAAUAACAAAAAUAUUGAAGGUCCAUAUUAUUGGUGGAUUAUGGAGGAGCUACAAGGUGGUAAAAGAUCGAUAGUGGAUGAAUCAGCUCUGGUAAAUUGUGAUGGUGUGCUCACUUGUGGAAUCUCAAAACAAGCAGCAGAAUGUCUGGAUGAGGAUCCAAAUGCUCGCCCAGAUAUGGAGAAUGUCUUUGCCCGCUUGACCAAUUUGAUAUCCAAAACUGAUCCUGGGCAGCGUCAAGUUCGCGAUGUUUUCAGCGAGAGACCAGGAGAACAGUUUCGGUAA